AUGGAUGACCACAGCAUGGCAGCAACUGGGUUCGACAGCAUGCUUCAAUUUAUGCAUGAUAUAUAUUUUCCACAAGUGGCUUUUGGCCUCAUCUGUCUCAACCUGAGAAAGACUCUAAUCAUUAUAUUGUCAAUUGAUAUUCUGGGGUUUUCAGAGAGAGCAGAUGUCUGCAUAUUUGAAAAAGGUAAAGGCAUCGCUGUUGAAGCCAAAGAAGCAGAAUUCAACUACAUCAAGAAUGUCAUAAUCAAUAAUGUAUGCAGCUCCACGGACCUCAGUUUAACGUCCCGGAGAAAACACGGGCAGCGCCCGUGUUUCAGAAGCCUCCUGAAGGGCAUGGAGACGUGCUACGCUGGAGAGAUUUCUAUGUACAUAGAGAGAGAAAACAGAAUCCAGGUGGCAACUCUUGAGAAGACUCAGCUCAUUUCAAAGGAUUUUUCUGAGCUGCGCAUCCACUUCUGGCCCGACGAGAGAGCACUGAAGAAGGUUGUGAAAGGAAACGAGCAGAGAAUGACAGAGAGAGCAAAGAAAAGAAGGAAGAAGAAGCAUUUGAGCCGAUAG